AUGUCCUCUCCUCCUUCAAAUCCACAUCUCCACGCAACGCAGCCUGCGGUACAUGAUACGCUGCCUCGAGGCCAUAACGAGCCCAAGCAAGACCUUUCCAAGGCCGACGAGAUCCACCAUCUCUACUUUGAGGAUAACGAUGGCUUCUUCCCGCCUGCUUGGCUGGGGAAGGACACAAACCCGUCGGAGCGCAGAUCUUCGAAUGAUAGUGCAACUAGUCAUGACUCAAAGGAUUAA